CCGGCAAGAGCUCAACUCCAGAAGAGAAAGAUUUGUGCGUGUGUGACUCCAUUGCGUCUUGGAGAUCAUGGAUUUUCUUAGCCGACUUUUAAGCAGACCCGCGCAUCACCAGCCAGCUAUUUGCGACGUAUCGAUCAUAGAUCGCGAGAGUGUCGGCUCGUCGUCGUCGCCAUCGUCGUCGUCAUCGUCUCUUUCGCCAGCAGUAAAAAAGCAAAAUCGGGCGCAAGCAACCGAUCAGUCGGAGCAGCUGACACGCAUAUCUCGUGAUCAUCCGGAGGCGUCAUCGAGUGGCCCGAGCAGCUUAGUCCCUGAGAGUUUGUCCUCGGCUUCUAGCUUCCAGAGCCUCGCCUCAAAUCAUAGUUCAAAAAGCAGCAGUGGCAUAUGUACGGAUUCAGCACCCGGUAGCCCAGACAAGACUAGCCAUGCUUUUGACAACUCCUACAUCAACGUCGACAUACCCGACGUUGACGAUUUAAUCAAUGCUUGCUUGAAUAUCAACUUGAACGACGGCCCCUCGGUCGACUCUCCAGACAACAACACAAGCAAUCUCAGCCACGAUCAAACCUUUGCUUCCGCGACUGAUGAUACAAUCGCAAAUGAAACCCCGAUUGAGCUACGCCUCGAAGAGAGCAUACAGACAUUUGAGACUUGUCCUGUAUUAGAGACAAAUCAAGUUUUGAAAGCAGAGCCUUUAUCAUCUAGUAUUGUGAAAUCGUCUGCUUCAAUCGAUCAGCCGUUCAUUACUCCGUACGUUUCUUCGUUCGAGAAUAGUGUAGUGCAGAGGCACGAUAACGAAUCGGAGUUCAAAAGCUCACUCAGCUCCUUGCAAAUUGACGGCGGCACGACUGGCUCGACUCUCUCUAGCGUAGUCGACGUUAUUGGAGAACCGAAAAUCUGCACUAAAAAUGAGACGGUUAUUGAAGUGACGAACGACAUAGCCAACUUUUCAUUAAGGGAUCCAACAAAUGAUCAAAAGGAGCAACAAAAUGCAACUGAAGUGAAUUUAUGCAUUAAUAAUGCCCAGAACUACCAGACACUCGAUUGUACUACUCUAUUGAGUUCAGAGUCAAGAUCUGACGAAUCGAAGAAAUUUAUUGUAAAAACUGCAGAUGAGUUUAAUUCAAGCGCCGUAAUAGAUAAGAAGAGUAUUAGAACAGACACAAAUACUACAAAUAAAAAUGAACUUAUCGAGAAAGAAGAAAAUACUAUAAAUAAUACUGAUAAUAAACCCAAUAAUCAAUUGAUCGAUGAACAAAUUGAGCAUAUUAAUUCAAUUUCUAAAGCAGUAUUAGAUACACAAGAAAGAGAAAAUAAAGUAUCGAUUGCAGAGACAGUAAGUCCGAAAAAUAACGACACAUGUGUAGUAAAUGAAAUAAAAACUCCCAAUAAGUCAAACGUAGUUAUUAAAAAGGAAAUUGAAAGUUCAAAUUUUAGUGAAACGAUUCUUCUCGAAGAAUCGCAUAAAGCAGAUACCCUAAACAUUGAAGUAAUAGCUUCUACUCCAUUGCCCACAAAGUCUUUAACUAAAGAUAAUACCCACGAAUCUUCAUGUAGAAAAAGUGCAUUAUUUGUUAAGAAAUCUGACAUUUUGGAAGACGAAUAUGAAAAAGAAUGUAUUAAAAAUUUAGAGACAUUGGUGAAAAGAGAAGAAGUUGUUGAAAACCACGGGAACAUUAAUUUUGAUGAAACAGUAGCGAUAAAUAAGUCCUUCGAGAAACUAUUCUCUCCAGAGCUUAUCCCUAAAGAAAAUCUUGACUUGAGCAACAAUAUUCUGCAUGAAAAUUCCUUAAAUCUACUACCUCCUCAGGAAUCCGAAUACGAGGCUUUCAAGCCACAACAGCAGAGUACAAAUUUACCAUUUCCUGAUCCAAGCAACUUUCGAGCGCUACAAGAGGCUGCUUUAUCCGUUGCCAAAGAGAUCGAUGAUUCUGUAGAAAAAAUUGAAGAGAGCGAGCAUUUUGUUUCAGCAACUACCGAACUAUUUGGAGAUCCAUCGGCUCUUGAUUAUCUUAAUCAGGUCGGAUCGCAAACAACCAGACGUGGCGAAAGAUAUGAUUCAUUGUACAUGAAGUUUGAUCCUUUGGCUGAAAAAUUAAGUAUGUUGCCUCAAAAGAAUCUUCCUGCUUCUGCACUACUCGAUGAAGAAAAAGAAGCUAAAGUUGAAAAUUCUCUUAGUAAUAUGGGAACGCCAAAGAAAAAUCCUGCGUUAGCAGCUAUUGAUAGAUUGCUUUUUUACAGUCCGUGUACAGCUCCUUCGACCGAUACCGAAGUACCAGAAGCUAUACAAAAGAAGGAAGUAAUUGAAAAACAAGAACCAUUGGUUCCGAUUGUUGAUGAAAAAAUGGCUAAAGAAUUGGAGUUUGUUAGGUCAACCGUACUUCAAUUGGAAGCAGAAAUCGAAAAACAACAGCAAGAAUACAAAGAUCAAUUAGAUAGACAAAAGGAGGUAUUUGAAGAUAAAAUAAGUCUUAUACAAACCAAACAUAAUCAAAUGCAGGCGCAAUUAACACAGGAGGUUAAAUGCAAAGAUCAAAUGACGGUUGUGGUGGAAGAGUAUGAAAAGUCGAUAAGUAGGUUAAUAGCGGAGAGAGAAAAAGAUCGAACAAAUUUCGAAGCAGAGAAAAUUAAAAUUCAGGAAGAACUUCAAGUUGCCAAUCAGCAUCUUAGUAAUACCGAAGCAGCUUUCAGUGACGUCCAUUCAAAGUAUGAACGGCUCAAAAAUGUAGUUUCAGCCUACAAAAGUAACGAAACCGUUCUUAAAGAAAGUAUCGCAGAGAACCAAGAAACUAUUAAGACACUCGAGAACAGAUACGAGCAGCUGAAAAGCCAUGCAAUGGCACAACUUGAAAAGGCAAAUUUGGAAUUAAGUGCUAUUAGAAAGCACAAUGAAGCUGAAACAGUGAAGCUAAAAGCAUUGGUCAGAAAGGCUGAAUUAAAGAGCAAGUCUCUCGAAGAGACGGUUGAACAAAAAAUGAAAGAAAAUAAGGAAUUAACUCAAAUAAUUGACGAAAUGAUAGCAAGGGUUGAUUAGUCGUUAUUUUUUUACUCUACAGGAUUUAUUAUUUAGGUUUAAGAAGCGUCAUGUAAUAUCGAAUAUGUCCAUACUUAUAUAUUGUUUUUAAAAAGAAAGGAAAAAUUGUCUUAGCUUAGUUUGAAAUAA